UCAAAUUUGAAAUCAAGCCAGCCAUGGAGCCAUCAACAGACUUCAACAGAGCUUCCCUCUCCCUACUUCUUCUUCCUCCUUUCCUCUCCCUUUCAGCCAUUUCACUCCUCCUGUCCCCUUCCUCUGCCUCUGUCCAAGAGGCCACUGCCCUCCUCAGGUGGAAAUCAUCCCUCGAAAACCAAAACCGACCCGAUUCCUCCCUUGCAUCAUGGACCAAUGCCACGGCAGGCCCAUGCCACUGGCUCGGGAUCCUCUGCUAUGCCGACUUAACCGUCAGAGGGGUCAACCUCACAAAUAUGAGCGUCUCCGGCACGCUCUACCAGUUCCCUUUCGAUUCCUCGCCGAACCUGACGUACAUAGACAUGAGCAUCAACAACCUCUCCGGGUCCAUCCCCCGGGAAAUCAGGCUCCUUCCCAAGCUCAAGUACCUCGACCUAUCCUUCAACAUGCUUUCCGGUGAGAUCCCACCUGAGAUUUGCGAGCUUACAAAUCUCGAUACCCUUCACUUGGUAUUCAAUCGGCAUAAUGGCUCGAUCCCGAAAGAUAUCGGGAAUCUUUAUAAGCUGACCGAGCUUGCCUUGUACUCCAAUCAUAUAGAAGGGCCCAUCCCUACUUCCAUUGGCAACCUGAGCAAAUUAGUAAAUCUUUUCAUCUACAAUAACUCCCUCUCUGGCCCAAUCCCCCCUGAGAUGGGGAACCUGACCAAUCUGCAGAUAGUUUUCAUGGACACCAACCACUUCUCUGGCCAGAUCCCGUCCACACUCGGGAAGCUCAUGAACCUCCUUGAGCUCCACAUUUACCACAAUCAGCUCUCCGGUCCCAUCCCGCCCGAGCUCGGGAACCUGAAGCAGCUCCAGAAGUUGACCCUUUAUGAGAACCACCUCACUGGCCUGAUCCCGCCAUCUUUCGGGAAGUUGACCAAUCUCGACCUUCUUUACCUGUACGACAACCAGCUGACGGGCCCAAUCCCCGAUGAGCUGGGGAACCUCCAGCUUCUCACCGAUUUUGAGGUUAGCAAUAACAGCCUCACAGGACCUAUCCCCUCCUCUUUUCGGAACUUGACCAAACUAGAAGUCCUGUUCCUCCGCAUCAACUAUCUCUCGGGUCCGAUUCCUCCUUUCAUCGGGAGCUUACCAAACUUGGAGACGUUCCAAGCAGACACUAACCAUUUCGACGGUCCCUUGCCGCUAAACCUGUGCCAAGGCGGUAAGAUAAGGUCCCUCACCCUCAAUAACAACCUUCUAGUCGGGCAGGUUAGUUUAGUCCUGAAGAACUGCACGAGCUUGGUCAGACUCCGGCUCGAACGAAACCAAUUCCGUGAGAACAUAACCAAAUCCUUCGAGGUGUUCCCCAACCUCGAGUUUGUGGAUUUGAGUUAUAACCACUUCUAUGGUGAGCUCUCGGACAGCUGGGGAAGCUACCCAAACCUGACCGAUCUUCGCAUUGCUGGAACAAAUGUUUCCGGUCGGCUGCCGCCAGGAAUCGGAAACUCCACUAAUCUUCACUCCCUAGAUCUCUCCUCGAACAAUUUGAGCGGUGAGAUCCCAAAGGAAUUUGGGAAACUGGGGGCGAUGAUACGGAUGAACAUGAGUGACAACCGGCUCUCGGGCGGGAUCCCUUCGGAGAUUGGUGACCUAUCAAACCUUCUGAACCUUGACCUAUCGAGGAACACGUUGACAUCCAUUCCCGACAGCAUCACGAAAAUCUCGCAGCUGUACUCCUUGGAUUUGAGCCACAAUCAGCUGAGACAAGAGAUCCCGCCCGCAAUCGGGUCACUGACGCACCUCACGGACCUAGACCUCAGUGACAAUUCACUCCGAGGAGAAAUCCCUCCACAGUUAGGUAACUUGGGAAGCAUUGUGAACCUCAACCUCUCCCACAACAACCUCUCGGGCCCAAUUAAAGAGGUGCUAGGGAAACUACGCGCGCUGAUGUCCGUGGACAUAUCAUACAACAAUUUCUCAGGCCCGAUCCCAGACACGACUGCCUUUCGUAAUGCUCCCCCGGCAGCUGUGCGAGGGAAUAUUGGGCUCUGUGGCGAUAACGCUGCCCUACACCGCUGUCCUCCAUCAGGAGCAACUGGAAAAACUUCCAAGUCAAACAAUAAAGUGCUUGUAAUCGUUUUCUCGAUAGUGGGAGGAGUCCUAAUCUUAUUGAUCGUGCUCGGGAUUUUAAUCUUCUUAUGGAAGAGAAAGGAAGCUGAGCAAGUGGAGCAAGAGGAGAUGCAAGAGGAAGUGUUCUCGAUUGCGACAUUUAAUGGGAAAAUCCUGUAUGGGGAGAUCAUAAAGGCCACGGGAGGAUUUGAUUCAAUGUACUGCGUUGGAAAAGGAGGAUACGGGAGCGUGUACAGGGCGAAGCUCUCCUCUGGGCUCAUGUUAGCGGUGAAGAAGCUCUACUCGAUAUCUGACAGUGAGACAGGACAGACAUACCAGCAGGAGUUUCUGAAUGAGAUAAAAGCAUUGACGGAAAUUCGGCACCGGAACAUCGUGAGGCUAUACGGCUUUUGCUCGCAUCCUCUCCACUCCUUCCUAGUCUACGAGUACCUCGAGAGAGGAAGCCUGGCUUCAAUCCUAAGUAACAACAAGGAGGCGAAGAGCUUGGACUGGGACAAGAGGGUGAACAUCGCGAAAGGGGUGGCCCAUGCCCUGUCCUAUAUGCACCAUGACUGUGCGAUCCCAAUUCUUCACAGGGACAUAUCGAGCGGAAACAUACUGUUGGACUCGGACUAUGAGGCUCGAGUCUCAGAUUUUGGGACGGCAAAGCUUAUGAAGCUCGACACCUCCAGUUGGACCGCUGUUGCUGGCACGUAUGGGUAUAUCGCCCCAGAGCUCGCAUACACGAUGAAAGUGAAUGAAAAGUGCGACGUCUACAGCUUCGGAGUCCUGGUGAUAGAAGUGUUCAAAGGACAACAUCCAGGUGAGAGCAUUCCAUCCUUGUUAUCUCUUGAUGCGUCCCUGAAGGAUGUACUGGAUCCCCGACUGCCUUUCCCGGAACCAGCAGUCGAGCACAAGAUCAUGAGCAUUCUCCACAUCGCGAGGCAAUGCUUAAACGGGAAUCCACAAAUGAGACCGAGUAUGAUGACAAUCUCUCAAAUGUUCUCGGCGGUUGCCGCAGCCCCCCCUGUCGAGGUUACAAGUCACGAAGGUGAAAAUGGUUGCUGCCCAACUGAAUGAAGCACUGACAAGCAUCCCGAUAUGCCACUGUAGGAACAUCAAACAGAUGUACUAUUUGUGAUUGGAAAACAAAAUACUAGGAAAAUGUCCGGUCCGAUGAUUCAUUGGAUUAUGCUAUAUAGUCAUCAAAAUGUAACGAUACCAUCAUAUAUAAACAAGAAGGUGUGGAUGAGAAAGUCCAAGACAUUCUAGGAGCUCUUCAUGA